AUUCUUUGUUUGAUUUGUUUCCUAUACUUCAACUUUUUUCCUAUAAUAUUUCAACUUUAUGCAAUUUUUUUCCGUUAAUAUAAUGACCUUCAUUCCAUCAUAUCACCUACAUCCUACAGCAACUUCACCGGUUCCCGGUCCAUUAGAGAAUAAAGUACAAACUCCUUCUCCAUACAGUACUUUCAAGGCUUCCACAGCCUCAGUCCUCCAUACCUGACUGACCUGCUCCACAUUGCCACUCCAGCUCGCUCCCUCAGAUCCUCCUCCUCCCUUCACCUCGCUGUACCCUCUGCCCGCCUCAGCACCAUGGGGAACAGAGCUUUCAGCCGCUCUGCUCCCAAACACUUUUACUAUGAGUAUAUUUGAAAUCAGUUACCUUUGAGUUACUGAAGUCAUGUUUAGACCUGUACUUUUACUUGAGUAACAUUUCAACAAAAUAACCGUACCUUUACUUGGGUACAAUUGGUGUGCGCUCUUUCCGCCUCUCCUCGUAACACAAUGUCACAGUCGUAGCUAUGAAAGCAGUAACACUAAGUCACCGAUAGGAGGCGGAAAUGUUCUCACUCUGACGGAAAACGCAGCAGAAGAAGAAACACGGCGUUCAGCCAUAAAAAAAACAAGCCUCUUAACGAGGAAGUACUUAUCCUCCGCAAUACAAUAAUUGACAUUAAAUUAGUUUUAUUAAAACCUUCUUUUAAAGUCACAUUUUGUGAACGUUGGCACUAAAUGGAGAAUGGAGGAAAGUCACAAGAAGGUUCUUCAGCGGUACAGGAUAAAUAUUGUCACUGGUUUGGAUCCAUCGGGCGUCUUAGACCGUCUAUUGGAGAAAGGUGUUUUUACUCAAGACAUGAUCGAUAAAAUAAAAAGCUCGGGAACAAGACGGGACCAAGCCAGGCAGCUGUCCCGGGACCUGGAGACCCAAGGAAGUCGGGCCUUCCCACUGUUUUUGGAAAGUCUUCAUGAGUCAGAGCAGCACGGUCUGGCAGAGCUUCUCCAAAGUGGAGCACCAGCAGUUCAGGGGUCAGCAUCCAACCGCCUCGUACGCCCUGUUGUUCGGACUCUUCCAGUGUCAUCUGCAAUGGAUUUCCAGAAGCAGAUAAAGUCUAUUACAGCUGUCCAUCCAGUGCAGACCCCGACAUUAUCACCUGAGAGGGAGAACCUACAAUCUCAAACCCAGGCCAGAACCCGCAUGCAAGGCAGGACCCGACGGGAUAGCCUUCAAAGCUACAAAAUGGAUUCCAGCCCGUGCGGACACUGCCUCAUCAUUAACAAUGUGGCUUUUGAGCCACAGAGUGAGCUGAGUGACCGCUCAGGGUCGAACAUCGACUGUGACAAGCUGGAGAGAAGAUUCCAAGCGCUUAACUUUAUGGUGGAAGUCAGAACAAACCUGAAACAAAGGAAAAUCAAGCAAGAACUGUUAGAUUUGUCAAAGAAGGACCAUUCUCCAUAUGACUGCUGUGUGGUCAUCAUUCUGUCUCAUGGCACCGAGGUGAGUCACAACAGAUUCCCCGGUGCUGUGUAUGGUGUCGAUGGACAGUACGUUCAAGUUCAGCAUAUCACAAACUACCUCGACGGGAAACACUGUUCAUCCCUGCAGGGAAAACCCAAGCUUUUCUUCAUCCAGGCAUGCGGAGGAGGGGAAAAAGACAGAGGCUUCGAGGUGUCUGAUGAGGUCGAACCAUCGAAUAGUGGAGAGGAUGACCAGACGGAUGCCAUCCCUAUGUCAUCCAGCAGCGACUCACUGAGCAUGUCUGAUGAACCUGAUGCCAGAGCCACACUGCCCACCCCAAGUGACAUUCUGGUGUCCUACUCUACUUUUCCUGGCUACGUGUCUUGGAGAGACACUCAAUCCGGCUCCUGGUACAUCGAGACGCUGGAUCGCAUCCUUGAGGAAAAUGCUGCUACUGAUGAUUUGGUCACAAUGUUAAUGAUGGUUAACCUCGUAGUCUCUCAAAACUCUGCCAAAGGGAUCUACAAGCAAAUGCCAGGUUCCUUUAACUUCCUCCGCAAACUUCUUUACUUUCAAACACUGAGCAAAAAUUCACUUGGACAGAAAAAAUAAAAUACUGUGUGUGUUUUUAGCAGUGGGCAGCUCAGUGAUGUAGUGGUUAGCAUGUCUGCCUCAAAGUCUGGCAGUCACGUGCGGUCAGGGGAGCUGGGUGAGGCAGAGCCUCUGUAUUUUCUGUAUGAUUCCCAUCGUUUAUAACAUUUUCUCGAGUAAAGAGUGCUGAAUUUGACCAUUUCCAGAUCAAAUACAUAAAUGCAGAAACCUAAGACGAGGCGGCUGCAAACACUCUUCUCAGCUUAGUGCGCACCCCAGCUUACCAUCUGAAAUGAGUGCACUCAGAUGGUAAGAGUUGGAUCAGGGCACCUGCCAGUGCCUGUCAACAUGUUUCCAAUAAUGUAUUGUUGCAGAAACAUUUAUUAUACGCCAUGGCUUUAUGCAACUUGUGUAAUGUCUUUCAUGUAAUUGUUACAUCAUUAUUUUUGCUAAUCGGACAAUAAUACACACAAAAAUGUCAUAUUUGAGGCGCUUGCAAUACACUUCCCAUCCUGAAGGGGUCAGGGCGUGUGUGAGCUGGAAGGUGCUUGUCACUGCCGUCCUCCUUUUUUUUGGACAGCAGCUCCAGUUGCAGCACGUCAAAUGCAAGAUAUUUUAGGCUCUGCUGAAUGAAUGAAUUUUACUACCAAGAUGGAGGAUUAUAUACCCAAGCUCACCAGGAGGUGAUCGGACUUGCACAACAAGUAUCAGAUAUUUUCCUGGAGAAGGAUCGUGUGCAUUUACAUUAUCGGGCAACAGUAAGACCACAAAUGUGCCAUGUGAUUGACAGACACCCUGACAACCAGUCCAGGGUGUACCCCGUGUCUUGCCUAAAGUCAGCUGGGAUAGAUUCCAGCUCACCUGCAACCCUGAAGAGAAUAAGCGGUAUAGAAAAUGGAUGAAUGCAACAGUGGUGUGUGAUUUUUUUUAUACGCUAUAUAUUUUUUUUAAUUCAAAGAAUGUAAAUACUGAUGAGUCCAGGAUGUACUGAAAAUAGCUGGGAUAGGCUCCAGCAUACCCAUGACCCUAGCGAGGACAAGCGGUAUAGAAAAUGGAUGGAUGGAUGUAAGUACAUAUUAAUGGCUGCAUUUAUUGAUUACGACGUAUUUUGUACAUUUUCCAACAGUAUAUGGUAAUACAGUAAUUCCUUGAAUUUAUGUAACUUAAGCAGUAUAUUUUAUGCCAGUCACACUGUACUUUGCUGAUGUUGAUUUUGUGAAGCAGUGUCAAUUUUACCGUAUGUAUGUACUGUAAAUAUUUAGGUCUUUGAUUGGACACACUUUCAUAUCACCAUCCCAGCCAAUUCAAGUGCUUUUUAUGGUAACUUUUUACGGAGCUGGAAUAUUACAGUUCUAUUGUUGGGUUCAAAAUAAAAGCUCUGAAAGGAUAAUACCUCAUGAUGUUCUUUGGCAUAUUUGUUUUUUUCAACAGUGGCAGCUUGCGGAAGGGGGGGGGGCAUCUUGUUGAUAACUCGGCUUUACUUCGGCAUCUUCUAAUUGUGACGGCAUUCACACAUAAAUUUAGAAAUUACAUUUCUGCACUUUAUAUAUUUUUUCCUCUCCCAUCAACAUUUUCAUCGAGGCACCCUGUUCUCUUGAACAAUGUCUGAACUCACUAAUUUAACUCCACGUUUAUUUAGCACGUGUUUUUCCCCUUUUUUUUUUUUAAUUUCCUUUCAGUCAUCACUGAUUAAUGUGUCUAUUGUCACACAUUCUCUCUUCUUUUCCCUCCGUGUUGGAAAAUGGUCACAUUUAAACAGGAUGUCAACAGACUGUCAGGAAUUGUGGGGACAUGGAGAAGAGAGUAAAAAAUAAAAUAGCUUUGCUUAUUCCUACAGCUUUUUGCACAUGUUGAAUUAUGCAAGUCAAUUAAUUCAUUCAUUCAUUUUCUGCACCGCUUGUCCUCACUAGGGUGGCGGGGGUAUGCUGGAGCCCGUCCCAGCUGACUUCGGGUGACAAACGGGUUACACCCUAAACUGGUGGCCAGCCAAUCGCAGGGCACGUGUACACUCACAUUCUAUCAUGCAUACUUUGGAAUGUGGGAGGAAGCCGCAAACAUGCAAACGCCACACAAAGUCGCCCAAAACGGAGAUACGAACCCAGAUCUCCUGACUGUGUGGCCAACAUGCUCACCACUGUGCGAGUCUAAUCAUAUGCUUUACCUUAAUAUAACUUGUUAAGCAUAUCUGAAAAAAAAUAAACCCAUGAUGCUGCAAUUAUUCAAGCAGUCAAGAUGAAACCACAACAUACACAUUGAACUUUGAUAAAAUAGAGUAUUUUCAUAACAAAUAUACAUAAACUUCAGUUUAUCAAGCAUGUUGAUGCCAAGUUGUUACACAAUUAUUUGUCCACAACUGACGUGUUUGCCCUUAUAUUCUUCUUACCUGUCUAUGACAUUUGGUUUUAUCGUAUUAGGAACAAAUAUUGUGUCACCUUUUUACAUGCAAACUAGUCCGUUUGCCCUGUACUGUAUUGUUCCAUAAAAUUUCACUAAAAGUGCUCAUACAAAGCGCCUAAUGUGCUGCUGACUAACUGUCAGUGCAUUUUUUAUUGCACGCGCCUGCUAAAUAAACUGCCAUGGGGCCACAGGAAGUUGCGAGUGCCAGCAAUUAGACAAAGGAGAGAAACACUAUUGAACUGGAUCUUGCCAGGAUUUAAAGGACAUCCGCAUCAACAAUAAGUUCCAUCCUUUCGGCAUUUAUAAUUAUUUUGUAUAAUUUUCUGCAUGUAAAACUAUAAUUAUUGAUUAUAUAAAAUGCUUUUUUGGUAAUAUUUUUGUGUGUCUGAGCAGAUUAAUUGGAUUUACAUUUUUUCCUUUGGGAAAAAUUGCCACUGUUUUGGUCUGACCCUUUUAAACUAUUUAAUCACGAAAAUCGAGGUACCACUGUACAUACAUUUUAAAGUGCAUGCAGACUUAUAUGACGCUGCUGGAUGCUGACCACUCAAAUGCAGUUAUCAACACUCAAACAAGGUGUGUCAGGCCGCCGCUUCCCUCAGCUCACUGUGAUUUGUUUUAUCUUUGUUUUAUUGUUUGUCACGAGGACCGUCGACUCUCUGCUGGCGUAUUACUGUCAGGAAUUACUGAAAAUCCACAACAAUGUGGCCGCCUGUGCAAAACACGAGUACUGGGGGCCAAACAAACCAAGUCCCUCUUACCUGACUGGCGUGCCAAAGUUCCUGCUGCGAGUGGAGGCCUUGCUUCCCCGCUGACACUUGGGAGCACGGGGUGGCUUUCUAGUGAAGCUCAAAUCGUGGCUGGCACUUUCCCCCAAGGUGGUGCGGUUCCCACAAAAUAUUCCACGGUAACAUGAGGAUUGUUUUCCCCGCCACGUCUCUCGCGGCAUGCUCACUGCCUGGUUGGUGCCCAUCAUUGGACAACACGAGGAGCGUCGUACGCUCCGCCUGCGGUGCCCUCCUGGAAAUUCAGGCGGCAUGAAUCCCGGAAACCUCUGGCUGCUGAGCCGGGCAGCUCCGACGGCUGUUAAAGUUGCAACAAAGUGUGCGCUGGUGAAUGCAAAGUCAGUCUCAAAACGUUUACGCUCCAGGACCUCUUCAAAUUGCACUCUUUGGAUUUACAAUUUCACUGAGACCUGGAUUAAUGCCGGUGAGUCCGCUGCCUUCUCUGAACUGUUGCCUCCCGGUUGUGCCUUCAUUAACAGGCCAAGAAUUACUGGCCUUGGAGGAGGUAUUGCUACUGUUUUAAAAACGUCUUUUCACCACAAGCCAUUGUUGAUGGUGUCUUUCUCCUCAUUUGAGUUGAACUGCGACAGACUGAGCCAGUCAUUUACAGACGACCCAAACACAACAAAGAUUUUAUUAAGGAGUUUUCUGACUUUAUCGCUGCUUUGCUGAUAAAGUAUGACAAGUUUAAUUGUGGGUGAUUUUAAUGUUAAUGUCUGCUGCUCUUUUAAACCAAUGGUGAAAUACUUUUUGGAAUUGGUGGAGGCCUUUAAUUUGAUACAGAAUGUCACUAGACAUACACAAAUGCACGGACACACUUUAGACCUCUUAUGUCUUAUGGACUUCCUGUUGAUAACGUCUUUUUGAGCAGUGCAGCAUUGUCAGACCAUAGUCCGGUCAUGUUUGACUUUGAUUUAAACUAGAAUACAACACUACCUAUUACUGUAUGCCAUGGCCGUUUAAUCAAGCCUGGCACGGCCACUGCUUUUGCCCCUCUGUUCACAAUUGCAGCGCAGGCUAAAACGACCCCUGACGCUGCUCUAAACACUGAGCAGCUCAUAAACUGUUUUACUUCUACCUGUGCUGAUGUCCUGGACAGUUGUCCUGGGACAUCUACAGGGAAACAGGAUGUGUUGUUGUCAAAACCAUAUACGUAGAUGCCGCAUCGAACGCUGAGCCUUACGUCAACGUCGCCGCCAUAUUGGAUGUGGCAAGGCUGCGCUGUAAGUGAAUACAAAUAGAUGUACUUACUUUCAUAAAGCGCCUUUCUACAAAGACAUUUCAGUUAAUGCCUCUCGUUUAUACAUUCACACACACACUAAUAUACUUGGGAAGAAGUUGCAACAGUUGGAAACAAUGUAUUUGAGCUUCUCAGAUGGCUAAGCAAAAACUUUAUUGAUCCCGCACAGUAGUAAUUCACAUUACAUCAGCUAUAGAGCACAAAGUACUGCGAAAAACCAUACACAGUAUACAUACAUACAAUAGUUUUAAUGCAAUAAAAUCAGAAUAUAAAAUAAGAACAUGAAAGUUAUCAAUCAAAAUAAUAAUCAGCAAAAUAAACAAUACCCUUUUAACUAAAAAUAAAUUAAAUCUUUCCAAGAAUAACAUUAAUCAAGGCAAAGGAAACACACAUGCAUUCUUAUUAUGGUUGCUCCGAUCGAUCGGCCACCGAUCAGCAAUGGCCGAUUUCCGUGAAAAAGCACGGUAUCGACAUAUCCCUAUACUUGAUUUUAAAUGCCGAUCAGCUCCGCCUCCAUUGCAGGAGCCAGCCUAUAGCGAUGUGUAUGUCUCCUGCCCACUUUCCCUUCACAAAGCCGAAACAAGCAUGUCUGCAAGGUGGGACUCCCUGUCCUUGUGAAAGUGAUGUAAGUUUUUUUCACUGCAAAACACACCUUUUAGCAAAACUUUUUAGUUUGGUGCGGCAUUUGGGGGACGGGCACUUGGCAGGGUGUGGUGAGUUUUCGUGUUUCGGGGCGUGAUCGUCGGUCGGGCGGCUGCGAAUUAGAACGGUUGAGGAAACCGGGUUUGCCGACUUCCUGUGGGUCCUGCUGUAGCACCAUCAAGCUGCUCUUGCAUCUAAAGGCUCCUUAAAGAAGGCGUCUGAUCCGCGAAGUUUCACUGAAGUUUUUUGUAUUAAGAUGUAAACUUUGGAGCUAAUGGGGCACUGGUACCAUGGCUGCAGAAAGUAUUGCAGCAGCUUCUUGUUUAGUUUUUAGAGUAUACGACACUGUAUCAUCUGCUUAUUUUGGUAGUUGAACACACAUCUGAUAAGUGAUUGACAUAAAGGCUGAAUAAGAUUGGGCCUAAUAUUGAGCCUUGUGGAACUCCAGCGGGGCAAGUAAGAUAAGUUGACUGAAAAUGUCCUAUUUGUACAUCUUGCUUUCUAUCUCCUAGAUAUAAUUGCGUCCAGCCACGGGCUCUUAUUGAAAAGUUAAAAUGAGUACAUUUUGAAACAGGCACACCUUUUUCUUAGCUGCUUAAUGAUUUUUUGCUUUAUUUUGCCAGUUUUAUUUCAUACUUUGUUUCUACAAUGUGCCGUUCACAGGUCCAAAAAACGCCGUCCACAAAUGGCCCACGGGCGGCACUUUGGACAUCCCUAGUUUACAUAUUUCACAGGGAGGGGGACGUGUUACAAAUGAGCCUGUCCGUGCUGUUUAUUCGUAGCACUAUCACUAAAUGACCCUCACUAUAAGCAAAGGGUGGAUACAGGCACACACACCGGUUCGAGGAGGUAGCUCCGGCGGCAAGCCUCUUGUGAGGAUUACACAGUAAAUGCAUGGUGAAGGAAACACUUCAUUGCAUCUUUUAAUGCGCGGCGCGCGGGAAUUCAAAGCGUUUGUUUAAUUGUUUAUUUUUACUAGUUUUAGUUUGUGCAGCACUUUGGAGGCUGUGUUUAUAAAAUGUGGUAUGUAAAUAAAGUGGAUUGGAUUGGACUGCAAGUGAACCUAAUUAUCAGUGCUUUUUCAAUGAUGCUGCAAAAAUGUAGCUCAAUGUUCAUGUGGAGUUUUGGGAAUUAACUGCAAAGAAAUGGAGAUACUAUAUGAAUGAAAUAAAUGGUGGAUUUAUUUUAGUGUCUGUACUUUUGGGGGAAUACUCUUUUACUCUCACCUGGGUAUCUGAAAGACAAGAGGAUGUCCCACCACUGGAAUGGGCAGCCAGUUCGGAUGCUUCUGGUGAACUACAGUAUCUAAGACCAACCUCUCCAAAGACAUCCCUAACUUAGCAGUCAUUUUGUAGUCUUAACUAAAGAUGAAAAUUGCAGCACUAAAAAUACAUUUGCCACAAAGUAAGAAUAAAAUAUGCAUUUAUGAAAGGGGAAAUUAAAUUAAACUGUUUUUAGUGACCCUUGACCUGUUAAUGUAACUUUUUUAAACCACAAAUAAUUAUGAAAACAAUAAAACAAUGAAUAAAUCAGUUAACCUUUUUUAACAGUUUAUGUUGUCAAAACAGUAAAUAUAAUAGAGAGGUGUACAUAGCGUAUUUGGUAAGUACUUCCACACCUUUCUGCUCCACCCAUAGACACACAUCCCAUCACCACAGUAACGGUGAACUGGACCCAACAUUUCAUUGUUACUUCUAUCAAAAUGAAAAUAAAGAAUUGAAAUUAAAACACAAAGCAAGGAAAACUCAGGUGCAUGACCAACAUAAAAAAUGUAUAGUAACCUACAGAUCUCAAUAGCAAACAUGCUAUGGAAGCUUUCCCGAUACGUUUAUGGAGCACUGUCGGGCAAAUUCUCAGGAUCUGCAAAAAACACAUAAAUACAUUUUUACAAUUGCAAUAUAUAAAUAUUUUUGGUCAUAUAUGACCAAGUGCCCCGCUAUUCUGAGACCACCAGUAAAUAGUGAAAAACUGCUUUUCAAAAAUUCAUCAGUUAAUGAUUGCAGUUUUGUGGUUGACUAUGGCCCAUCAUUAGUCAAAAAAUAUUGGAAUAUAAAUUAUAUGUAGCAUUCCGGCAACUAAGCGUCAGUAAUGGCACAAAAUGUUGAUGAGACAUGACAUUUCAUUACAUUACCAUCAUAUUGCAUGUAGUCAGCCAUGGCAUGUCUGACAUGAUUGAGUGAAAAUAAGUUUUCCUCCUGGUACAUGUGGAAGUGGUAGACGUUUUUGGCUUCUUACUUCUCUUACUCCGUUUGAAACCCUUUCUCAAGUUUAGAAUAAAUAAUUUGGAGGCUAACUAGUUAGCUCACUAGCAUGCUAUGCAGCUGUGGCCAUCUCUUGUGUCCCUGCAGUGAUCCUGGAUUAGCAAUGUGGUGUAAACAAAGAAUAAUAGGGGUGUAAAGGUGACUAUAGGGUGUUAUUUCAUGUCUACAGGGCCCAAAUAAUGGUAAAAAAAAGUAUUUAGAAAGUCAUAAACAUGUUUUCUACUGUAUGUUCUAACUGCAAAAAUAUUCCGUUUAUUAAUAUUGAAUCCUAUUUCACAGAUAUUCACUUAAGUGAUAAACAAGGGACGACUGUAACUGAGAUGGCCAUAAGAACGUUGAUGUUGACGUUCUCCUCCAAUUUCGGAUCAACAUUUGCAAUAUACUGUGACUGUUGUAAUUAAGUGGGAAAAUACUGUAUAUGUUACAAAUACUGUAGUAUUUGUACAGUAAUUUUUGGGAAGCUGACAUUUUUGAUAGGCUUUCUUAUCAAUGUCCAAUAUUGUCCAGCACUUCAUUACCGAUAACGAUAUCAACCGAUAUCAAUGUGGGCAGCAGCUCUUCCUUCUAAUUAAUGUUUUGUAAUGAAUGGACACAUUAUGCUUCUUUUACGAUGAUGCCACUGGAUGCAUUUCACAAAUAAACGUUUGUGCAAAAUAAGACAAAUACUGCUAUAUGCAAAACAAGUUAUAGAAAAAGUGCCAAAACGCUGCUUGUGAUUCUGAGUGAUUCGUCCUGAGGUGUGAUAUCAGACGCCUUACUGUCCCAGGGCUCUACUAUACUGUAUGUCAUGUCCCACAUGGCAGGUUGGACUUUAGUUUUGGUUUUCACAUUGUUUCUUGGUUUGUGCUUUUAUAUUGGUUUACUCUUUCCUGUUUGGCACAAUGUGUAGCAACUUUGUGGUCGCUGCAAAGCACGUGCAGCGCUACUAUUUAGGCGGACAAAAAGCAAAACAUAAAACUUUACAGUGAUUACAAAUUCCAUAUUUGCAAUCUGAAACUUGAAAAUAAUUCCAGACCGCUGACAUACUGAGAAAGCAAGCUUUGUUGCUCUGUGUAGCAUGUCAUCACACGUAUUUCGAUAUCAUUAUCAGCAGAAAAAUCGAUACUGAUGUGAUCCAAAAUCUAAUUUUUAUGCCGAUAUUGGGAUAAAAAUAUCCCUGUUUGAGCGAGGGCAUUUUAUGGUGACCAGGCAGUAAUUAUGAUGAACAGGGAAACUAAUUAAACAGACAAAAAAUGUUUUGCAUAUUCAUUGAUUAUUUGGUUAUGAAAUCAAAAUAACUGAAAGCAGAGCUGUCAGUAGAUAAUUCAGCAAUGAUGUCAUCGAGGUUUGACAUGCUGAAGGGAGAGUGACAUUACGUGAAGAUGUGGGGGAGAUCCCCUCAAUCCUACAGGCGAGGAGCCUUUGCACAAACAGGCUUCAUUACGUGGCACCGGGCAUCACUGACACGAUCUGCAAAGUGAAAGAAUUUACUGACUGCAAAAUGCUUCAGUGAUUUUUCCGGCAUCAGGGGCUGGUAAUAACACAACUGUAGUAUAUUUCUACAAACUUAAAGACAACAUUUUCAGAACAAGACACCAUCAAGAUAACAAGAAAAAUAAUGUUUACCCUCUCAGUUAAAUAUGCCUCGCACACAUAUUAAAUUAUAAAAUGCGUUGAUACUACUGAGAAUGAAAGGUGACCGAUCAAACAGAUCAGAGUCACGGUCUAGCCUUUAGCCUGGUCGUCAGGCUAAUGCUACAAACGCGCUUUCGUUUGCUGUGUCUAGCGGUUUUACAUGUCUCCACUGCUUUGCAGACUGCUGGGUCAUCUUGCACUGACGUCACGUCGUAACUGUUAUGUUCAUACAUGGGUGUGUGGGCUGUUAUGGGUUACUGGUACUUUAAGGUUUGGCCUUCAUGUGUAACUCUUAUCUUAAAGUGUGGAAGUGACGUAAAAGCCGUUAAGCAUACUCUAUGUUGCGGCAUGGCACCGCUGGCUGAAGUCGUUUGACAACAUUUUGAUGACUUUGGCAAACUCAGACUUGCCUGACGCUGUGUGUGCUGCUGUAUCAUUGUCUUGGUCAGGAUAGCCAGCAAAUUCUCGCCACGGCCACAUUGCUGCAGGUGCAUUUCUGCACGGGGAAGAGCCACCGAAUGCCGUUUUGAGCCCAGCGCACGUGUGAGCUGUUGGCGCACAUUGUCUCAGCGCUGCGCAAGCUGGUGAGACACUGUGAUUUGGUGCAGCUGGAGGACAGUCUGAUUUUUUACCAGAUCAUUGAAAAAAUGUCCUGCAGCCAGCUUAGAGAGAGGCUAUUACUGGAGCCAGAUUCAUUGACAUCCAUGGAUGCUCUCAACAUAGGAAAGCGUCUGGAGGCGGCACUGUCGGAGGCGCGCAAAUUCAGCUGGGUGGUGCACGAGCGUGUGACGUAACUGCCAUCGCCGCUGGUCCAGAACGUCGCCCUGUACUGCACAAAUUGCGGCUCCUCUGACCAUGCUAUGGUACAUCAGAUGCGCCCUGCCCGAGAAAAGCAUUGCCAGAAUUGCAAUAAAAGGAACCACUUCGCACGUGUGCAUCUCCCUCCCCCUGCUGGCACUGACACCACUGCUGUCCCUGUCAACAGUGUCGAGCAUACAUACAUUUUUCAAGUACCUCACAUGCGAAGUAAUUGGACAACCCAUCCAACUGUUGGUCGACUCGGGUGCAAAGACGUCCCUUUUAAGGAAGCCCACCUUUGACCCUUUCUUCAACCACGUGUCAUUGAAAGCAACAACUGAGCCCUUGUCAGGUUACGGCCAUGCCCCCAUCAGAGUUCUGGGCGUGGCCCAUCUGUCAGUUACCUACGAGUGCCAAUGUGCCCCCCACACAACGUUUCAUGUCAUGUCAUGUCAUGGGGCUGCCUCUGUUGCAUGCCAUAGGACAGACGCACGUAGCCAGGGGGUUCUCCAAGUGGAUGCCUCAUGGCCUGACCUGUGUCGCUGGCCUGUAUUACCAACGUAGUUGAUGGUCUUAAGCCUUCUCCCUCUCCGCUUUUUUAAGGAGGUGUGGGCAACUAUUGGCCCCUAUGUUUGUAACAUCAUCAACAGCAGCCUGUCCUCUGGUAUUGUCCCUUCCUUUUGUAAAAAAGGCUGUUGUUGAACCUUUGUUUAAAAAAACGGGUCUUAAUCCUUCAAUUUUAUCAAAUAAUCGGCCUAUUUCUAAACUAUCUUUUUACGUCAAAGAUUUUAGAAAAAAGUGUUCUUGCACAGAUGCAGCCUUUUUUUUAGAUGAAAAUGGGAUUUUAGACACUUUUCAGUCAGGUUACAGGGCCUUUCAUAGCACUGAGUCUGCACUUUUUUAAUGACUGAUUCUGGUGGUUCAGCCAUUUUAGUGCUUUUAGACCCGGCUGCUGCUUUCGAUACAGUGGACCAUACUAUUCUUUUAUCUCGCUUGGAAAACUGUGUGGGUGUCAGGGGGCCUACCCUUGAGUGGUUUAGGUCUUACUUAAGAUACCUUACUGUGGGACUUGGGGACUCCACCUCGUCUACCGCCCCCCUUGACUGUGGAGUCCUCCAAAGGAUCAAUUCUGGGGCCCAUCCUAUUUACUCUAUACCUGAUCCCACUUAGUACAAUAUUUAGAUAGCAUGGCAUCUCCUAUCACUUUUAUGCAGAUGGCUGCUAGAUUUACUUACCUCUUACAAGAAAUGGCCAUGCCCCCCUGACAACCCUUCUUGAGUGCUUAAGCGACGUCAAGGUCUGGUUGGCUCAAAAAAUUUUAAAGCUCAAUGAGGGGAAGACAGAAGUUAUCCUCCUUAAUAAUAGUGACCACCUCUUGGACUUGGGCCCCAUCAAGAACCAAGUCAGUUCCACAGCCACCAGCCUUGGCGUCAUAAUCGACGGUGGUAUUAAAAUUAAUAAACAAAUCAACGCCAUUGUAAAAUCCUGUUUUUAUCAUCUUCAGCUUCUAUCCAAAGUUAAGCCGUUUUCAUCAUUGUGACAUUCCGAACAAGCCAGGCACACUUUUAUUUUGUCACGAAGGACUACUGUAAUGCACUAUACUCUGGAAUAAGCUAUAAAUUACUCUCUCACUUACAAUUAGUCCAAAACUCUGCAGCAUGGCUUUUAACAGGAACCAAAAAGAGGGAGCACAUUACCCCAAUUUUAGCCUCCCUGCACUGGUUUCCUGUGCGUUUUAGAAUUGAUUUUAAGAUUUUAUUGUUUGUUUUGAAGGCGUUGAAUGGGUUGGCCCCGCAGUACAUCUUGGACCUCAUCCAAAUUUACAGUCCAGCGCGCACAUUGAGGUCCGAAGGCCAGCUCCAAGUGGUGGUGCCUAAAACGAGACUUAAGACCAGGGGAGACCAGGCCUUUUCCGUAGUUGGCCCAAAGCUGUGGAACACUCUCCCCUCUCAUGUAAAAACGGCCCCCGCAAUUGAAAGCUUUACGUCUCCAACUUGGUGGCGGAAAUCCUGGUAAUGGCCGUCACAGUCAUGACACAGCGGUCAGGGUGAACCCUAUCGACCCCGGAGGAAGGUCAGUACGGUGGUCACCCUGACGGAGUUGCAGCAGUCUUCAGCAGGAGGAUGAGGUUAUCACCAAGCUCCAUACUUAUGUUAGGAGGGCUGGCCGGCCAAGGUGGAGGACAGCCUACUCCCUUAUCACAGAGAGCAGGGCGAACGCUCCUGUUGGGGUUGGUGUGUCUGGCCUAUGUACACCGCAAGCACAUUCAGGUCGGAGCACCUGCACACUCCCGGUUCUUGCUGGUUGUGCACAACGCAGGCAUUUGACCCAAGCUCCGCCAGCACACCCACCAUUACAAACCGACUGGAUAAGCUGUUUGGUCGCUGGGGCUUGCCCAGGCCAUCACAACAGACAAUGGUACCCAAUUCACCUCGGCCAAGUUUGAGAACUUGGAAUCAAAGCCUGCCUGGAGGAGGGGCAGACAUUCAGCAGAGCGUUAACCAUACCCUUUUGACCUUUCGGGCAUCUAAGCAACCGCUUCAGGGGAGUCAGUGGAAUUGCCCAUGACUAGCUGGGAACUGAGGCAACCGCUGGACUGUUUGAGGGUGGAGACAGCCCCUGCACAGAAGUGACCAGCACCACGGGCGGCCAGAGCCCAGGUCCGAGGCUCACAAGCCAAGAUGAAGGCCCGUUUUCUUUGCAUAGAGUUCGGCUCCCCUCCUUGUCGGCAGGGGACUGGGUGUUGGUAAAAUACCCUAACCGCCAGAAGAAGCUGGGAACCUGACUGGUCGGAGCCACUCAGGGUGACUCGACGAGCUUUCAACUGGAGGAUGGAUCUGGUUGGUAGGCAAAUCGCCUAAAGCAGGUUCCAGCUCCAGUGGACCCUCCUCCAUGCCCAACUCCAGUGGCAGUUCAUGAGUGGUUGGCCAGGCCCAGAUGUCACCGUGACGGUGGCGGCGGGCUGCCAGCUGUGGAUGACUGGCCAGGGCGCCCACAGCGAUCCAGGGCCCCACUGGUCUGUCUGGAAAAUGAGUGGGCGGGGUCAUUGUAUGUUUUCUAUGGGGGGAAUUUUAUCUUCAGAUGUGGUUGUGUGGACUGUUGUUAUAUUUUACUGGUCCUUUAAGGCUUGGUCACCAGGUGUAACUGUUAUCGUACAGUGUGCAAGUGAAGUAAAAGGCAUUCCUUAUUUAUUUUAUUUUUUUGUAUUUACUAACUGUUACCAAUUUAGGGUGUAUGAUAUGUGUUUUCUUGUGGGAAAAACGCCUAUUUUUGGAGAUUUAAAAAAAAAAGAUAAAUUAAUUAAUACAGUAUAAUUUUUUACCAGAAAUCCAUGAAUUUGCAGAGUCGCAAAUGUUGAAUGGCGAAUAUGCGGGGAGCCACUAUAAAUGUAAUACAAUGAAUUAGCAUGUUGGCCACACAGUCAGGAGAUCGGGAAGAUCUGCGUUCGAAUCUCCUUUGGGCAUCUGUGUGGAGUUUGCAUGUUCUCUCCGUGCGUGCGUGGGUUUUUUCCAGGUACUCCGGUUUCCUCCCACAUUCCCAAAACAUGCAUGUUAGGUUAAUUAAGUUAACUGGCGACUCUAAAUUGUCCAUAGGUAUGAAUGUGAGUGUGAACGAUUGUUUGUCUUUUUGUGCUCUGCGACUGGUUGGCGACCAGUCCAGGGUGUACCCCGCCUCUCGCCCGAAAUCAGCUGGGAUAGGCUCCAGCAUACACGCAACCCUAGUGAAGAUAAGUGGCACAGAAGAUGGAUGGAUGGAUGAAUUAAAAACAUAAAGCUACGUACUGUAUAUCCCAUGCAGCACAAACAUAAAGUUCAAUAGUCAUGCAAUUGUGCUUUCUCAGUUAAACAAAAAUAUUUAUGCUAAUCCAACUUAAUUUUCAAAUAAAUCGGUCACAAGAAAACAAAUAUUUUGGUUCAAUUGUAAAUAUGAGUGGUCAAACACCUGCAGCCCACGAGCCAUAUACGGUCCAUGAGAGCACUUGAUCGUGCCCACCACUGGAAUAAAAGGAUUAGGAUCCAAGGACCCAAUAAAAACUUAUAUGAAAAAGGUUCCUUGCCCAUGAUUUAAGAUCAUGGUGCAAAAGCAAAUACCCUAAAAGGACAUCUUAGUAACUUAGCACCAGUCAAAAUCUAGCCGAGAGAUGCUAAAUACUAGUAGGCUGCAAACUACUUACUUUCACAUGCAUAGACAACGUCCAGGUACUUGUAGGUGCCUCCACAGGGGUCUCCAAAGACUCCAUUGCUCGCUCUGAUGGUGCAGCUGUUUUUCCCAUUGCAACUAUUGAACAAAGAGGAAAUGUUGGCUUAUAGGAAAUUAGCACAUUUCAGCAAAAGGUAUUUUAUAAUCUUUGUUGUAAUUGUUUAGCAAACAUGUUAUCUAGCUAUUUAAUUGUUUUGAAAAUCAUUUCAGAAGAAUCUUCACUCAUCAUAUUGAAUCAGUAUGUUGGCUGGUAAGAAAGUGGCAAAAUAAGUUUAUGUUACACAUGUGAAUGAAAAAUAUUCACCAUUAAAAUGUAAAAAAUUAAUGAAAAUAGCAACUCUUUUAAAUAAAUACCCCUUAGCUUAACUUCUGAGAGUCUUUUGACACUGCGUUGUAUUACAUUGUUUCCUGAGGUCUAUCACGACCUCGAGUUGGUAUUUAGUAAGGAUAGAGCACAGAGCCUUCCUCCUCAUCGACCUUAUGACUGUGCCAUUAAGUUGCUUUCGGAUGCGCCAUUGCCUAAUGCCAAAUAAUACCAUGUUUCUGGUCCGUAGCAGCAGGCGUUAAAAGAUUACAUUUCCUCCUCACUCGCCGCAGGACUCACCCGCCCCUCAUCCCCUCCUCUCGGGGCGGGUUUUUUCUUUGUCGAGAAGAAGGAUGGGUCCUUGUGACCCUGUAUAGACUCCCGGGGGUUGAACAAAAUACCUGUUAAGGAUCGGUAUCCAUUACCUCUGUGUUUUCCUCGUUACACUCUGCCAAGAUAUUCACCAACUUAGAUUUACGGAAUGCUUACCAUCUUAUACGCAUAAGGGAUGGAGACGAGUGUUACGUUACGACACUUUGAUUACCUAGUCCUGCCAUUCAGUCUCACCAACGCCCCAGCCGUUUUUCAGUGCCUUAUAAAUGAUGUGUUAAGCGAUAUGCUUAGUCAUGGUUCAAGGGAUUAAAGGAAGAUGAUAAAGUGUAGUCUACAAUGGCCACUAUCUGUCACUAGUAACACGCACUAGACUUGAUCUCGACUUUUAUUAUUUUAUAAUUACAGUAUUCAUCUCGUAACAGGCACAAUUGUAACAUUAUAAUAAUAAUAAUAGCCAUCAUCAUGACAAUAACACGGGCUACUUUUGUAGCUGCAGUCCUCAAUUCUCAAUCCCCAACGUCAUUUCCUGUCCACAUGUCCGGAAAACAUUUUUUGAAACACAAACACAAGUAUGAGUCUUAUUUAUGUCUUAAAUGUCUUAUUUUCUCUGAUUAUAUCUACUAUAUUGGGUAAUAUGAGUGUAAAGGUGACUAUAGGGGUGUUAUUUCAUGUCUACAGGGCUCUAAUAAUGGUAAAAAUCGGGGCUUAAAUCAGUACAUUAUUUUAAGUCUGAAAUUGACAUGAAUUAAUCAGAAGUUGCUAUAUUUAUAGUUUAUUAUUCAGCUACAGUAUAUGUGUAUUGUGUAUGUGUGUAAGUGCUCUCUAAGACUUUAUUAUUUAUUUUUUUUUAAAUGAUCUGUGUGAAGUUGGUGAUUCAUGCAAACAUCCAUGGAUAGCAAGGAGGGAAAUAAUCUGUUAGCCUUGUUCACUAUAUUUUUCUCAAAAGCACCACGUUCAGUACUACAAGCAAAGUUUUCCAACUUUAUAUCACUAGCCAAAUUAUAAGCAAGCAGACAAAAAAAAACAGCAGUGACUGACGCACGAGCCGUACGCAGCUGUCUUGUGAAAUGCUCCGCGUACGUUACAAAACAAGUUUAAGAUUGCAACGUGCAUACUGCAACGUAUUGAGAGGGAUGUAAUAUUUUACCAUGCUUAUAAUGUCGUAUGUAUGUACAUACAGGCAGAAUGUUUGAUGCAGUUGUGCAGGUGUACCUAAUGUUGUGGUUAGUCAAUGCAUGUUACUGUUACCACUGUCUGUGUCCAGCCUCCGCGAAUGGAGAAGCUAGAGGUGCCAGCCUCUGAGCCAGCCAGUCAUCUAAAUGUAAUGCAUGAGAAGGGAUUCAUUUAAGGGAAACUGUUAGUAAUAGCAAGUUUUACAAUUACUGAAAUGGCGGUGCUAAGUGUAUUAACAGCAGAUGAUGUCCUAAUUUGAUGGUUGAGAUUCACUCCGCAGUUGAUCGAAAGCAUGGCAUUCAUUCAACGUUAUUGCAUGCUGUGUUUAUGUGUGUCUAAUUUCUCAUGCAAUGAAACCAAACUUUUGACUCUUUAUGCCGCUUAGGCGCCAUGUUUCUUGCUGGCUAACUGGUGAAUGGCGUCACCACUCACGCUGUGUAGCUACGCAACAUGAGUGUGAGUGGUGAGGUCAUUCAUGCCAAGUGGAAUCGAUAAGGUAAGUGAAACACUGGGAACAAGUUCUCAACAAGAAUUCAACAAGUUUUGAUUCCCAACCCCAAUUUACACAUACUAUAUUUAUCCCUGUCCCCACAAAAUGUGGACUAAUUUCUCACAAGAUGUGAUAUGUGAUUUUUUCCCUGAGCGUGCAAUUGUACCUGUUAGCAACGGCUGGAGAAGAGCUCAAGCAUUCGUCGUUUUGGACCUGAGAUGAAGGUCUUUCGUAUAUGCAUGUGGUGUUGUCACGGCGUCCAAAGUUGGACUCAUGGACAGAUAUAACUUGUCCUUCACCUGAUGAAAAGAAGAGACAAUUGUGAUGUAAGCAGGAAGGAAAUGUGGGGCGGCCAAGACAUCCAAACAAGUACCGUACUCAAGAAUAUUGAAAAUACAUAGAUCAGGGGUGUCCAAACAUUUUCUAAGGGCCACAUGCAUACAAAUUGAAAGAUGGGGGGGGGACGAGAUUGUGGGCAUUAAUGAUGCUAAAACCAAUUCAUUAUCGAUCAAUAUAAGUUCAGCUAGAUCAACAAAACAUUCACAUCUUAGCUUUGUGUUAUAGCUAACAAAGCAAAUUUGUGUCAUAUCUAAUAAUAAGGGCUGUCAAAAUGCGCUAAUAACGAGUCAGUGGAAAUUCCCUUUAAGGCCACUAUUUUUUUGAUGCAAGAUCAACGCAGCAGCAAUGCAGGUUCUGUUGAGCCACAAGCGGGAGCAAAUAUUGAGCAGAAAUAGAUAAAGAAAAGGGUAUUUUGAAUGAUAAAUUUAGCUUCAAAGCCCUGGCAGAUGGCUCUCUCGCAAAGACCAAAGUUAUUUUGAUCUAAUGUUGCUGUGAGUUCAAUUGUCACCGGACUACGUCGAGUCUCAAAUGCCACUUGCUGGACUCAGCUGGAGAAACUGCUGAAGCACCGCAAGUAUUUUUUUAUUGUCAUUUGUACAGUGGCAUACAAGUGUCUCAACUAAUGAGUGUUUUUUUAGAUACCAGCCGUGUCUCAACUGAUUUUUUGGUACACUUAUUAUACUUCUUUCUAUCUGUGAUUAAUUGUGAUGAAUUAUAACUUAACUGUGGACAAAAUGUGAUUAAUUGCGAUUAAAUAUUUUAAUCGAUUGACAGCCUUACAAAUAAUACAAGUGACCAUAUUUUGUUUACUGAAAACCAGGACACUUGGUUCAGAAAUUAGAUACUGUUCUCACAUGAUACUGGAAGUUUACUCAGAGAUAGGCUUAACCUCAUUAGGGUUGCCUAUCCCAACUGACUUAUUGGCAAGAGGCGGGGUACACGCCGGACUGGUCGCCAGCAGGGCAUAUACAGACAAACAAUCAUUCACAAACACUAUGGACUAUUUUCGUCGCCAAUUAACCUAAAAUGUAUGUUUUUGGAAUGUGGGAGAAACUGGAGUACCCGGAGAAAACCCACACACGCAUGGGGAGAACAUGCAAACUCCACACAGAGAUGGCCACCGGAGAUUCAAACCCAGAUAUUCCCGAUCUCCUGACUGUGUGGCCAACAUGCUAACCACUAGGCCACCAUGCCUUAUAAUAUCACUACAUAUAAAGUAUGCCUCCUCAGUAUGGAUGCAAAUAGUUGUAUUACAAAAUACUAACUAUAACCAAAGACACGAAUUCCAAAGGAAAAACGAUCAAAAACAUUCAAAAAUGAUCCCGGCACAAAAAUGAUUCCAAAAACAGAACGACAUAGUAACCUGACGUCAAAUGCUUGUUAAGUUUUGGAAUGUAACUAGGGCUGUGAAAUGAUUAACAUUUGAAAUCAGAUUAAUCACAUUUUCAAAUUAAUAAUCAUGAUUAAUCACAAUUUGCAACUAUGUCUGAGGUAUGCCAAUUUUUACUGCAUUUUAUUGAAAGAAAGAUAAAUGACAGGACAAAAUUAUACAUACUGUAUUUGUAUAUAUUAAGAGCUCCAAAUGAUUGAUCGAAAUGAAAGAUAGCGCACGUCUGAAAAUCUAUUUACCUAACACUAGUCUCUUUAAUAGUAGCAGAACAUUUGAAUCACAAUUUAACUGUGUUAUUAUGAGCACUGAAGGUUUGUGUUCACAGACACUACAACAUUUAAGUUGAAAUCAUAUCUUUUGAGUGUGUUUUCUGGGAUUUCCGAGCAUACUUGCAGUAAAUUGUGCCCCCCCCCCCACCAUCGAGUUACAGAGUGAGUGAUAAGAAUAUCCACUUGUUUUUCUUUAUAUUUCUGAAUUAACAAAUGAAAUAAAAUAGUUAUCAUGAAAUAAAUUAUUUACCACCGUAAACACGCUAUUUUUGACAGCCCUAAUGUGUACACCCUGGACUGGUCGCCAGCCAAUCGCAUGACUACAUAUAUUUAUAUUUUUAUAUAAUAUUUUCUGGAAAAUAUCGCAAGACAUUGGGGUGAUGGUUUGAUGUCCCCAAUUAUACUUCAACUCGGCAAGUGUCAGAGGAUUAACUGUGCAUGUGUUGAACUUUUUCUUUGUUUUUGUGGGAGGCUGCCAUGUCGGCAGCUUUUUAGCAACACUUAUUCAAAAGCUGCCCACAUGGCAGCCUUUCGGGGAUUACGUCACAUGCAGCAGCAUGCCAUGAUACCAGUCAAUUUAAUGGUCCAAUGAAAAAGGAUGAAAACUUGGACAUUUCAUCACUUUCUAAAAUAUAAAAAGGACGGCCAGGACAUGAUGUGAAAACAGGACAUGUCCUAGGAAAACAGGAUGUUUGGUCACUCCAAUUAAUCUAUCUAAUUUAAAAUUAAUUUGUUUUAUUUUUACAAUAUGGAACUGCACUUUGGACACCGCUAACAUGUACAAAUCAAUUGUAAACUAUAUAAACCAUAAAAACAAGUCAAUCUUACCACAUGACAAAUGUGCCAAAGAGUUCUCACAUGCCAAGACGCGAACUGAUCAAAUCAAAUAAAACAUGUUAGCCAUCAUGUGAUCCACACUGUUUACAACUUACAUGCUGGAGUUUCCACACAUACUCGCUGGUAUGCAGGUAAAGUUGGUCUCCAAGUAUUUAAAGAUGCCCCCGCAGGGAUCAGAAGUUUGGAAAUCAUUGAUGUUCAUUUCACAGCUUUUCUUGCCAUUACAUCUGCAGAAAUGAUUUUACAAAAAUGUGUGAUACAGCAGAAGAAACACAAAAGCACUGACGGCUGACACCUCAGGUGUGCAACACAGUCAUUCUUACAGGAAAAUCAAUCUUAGUUCCUCAUUCGUAGUUGUCAUCAGUUAUAUAUCUUAUUAUAUAUCUAUUUUUUCAGUUGUAUAAUAAAACAUAUAAGCACUUUAUACUAUUUAAUGAUCAUGGUAAUGUUUCUUUGUUUUGGAGAUGCUUAACAAGUUCCAUUAAAUAACACAUUAUGUUUUCACUUGCACAAUUCAACAUGACCAAAAAGAAGUGGGAAGAAGCAAAGCUUCUCUAUGUUUCACCAAGUACUGAAAAUGUGUUCACUUCCUGUGUUUGACAUGUUAAAGGGAUAGUUCGGACAUGAAUUUGGAUGACAUUCCCAUCAGCUGUGUAGUGCAUCAACAGUGACUUACCCCCCACUUUGCCCCGUGAGCGGAGUUCUGGUCGGAAUUCGGUGAGGAGGAACGUAGUUCCGGUUAGUUGAUGGGGUCACCUAAGUCAAGAGUUUGGCUUCUCAAAACAAUAUGCGUUCAAAAGAUGAAUACAUUUGCAUCACAAAACCGUUGCGAACAAAAAAGUCAGACCUUUCAGUCGCUUAAUUGGCGUUAUUUUCUCUGUUCCUAUUUUCUAUGUUCGUAUCACUACGUGUGUUCCACAGUGUUUACAUGCGCAGAUGAAGACCACUGUGACAGGAGACUCUUGCGUCGCGACAGUCUCCAUCCACUGUGGAAUAUAUAUACAACAAUGGACAGGCGAGAGGGCGUAGUGAUACGAAC